AUGGGGCAGGCAAACUCGUCCACCAAGAAGCUCGGCCGCACCAGCUCCAAGCAGCUCUCCCCCAACGACCUCGCAGACUCCCUCUCCCGCACCGCCAUCGCCGACACCGACACCCGUAACAUCCCAAAGCGCUCAAAGGCCCCAGGCCAUGAGCCCCGCCAGUCCUCCAGCUCCAGCUAUGGCUCAAACCGCCCCGCCCUCAACACCCAAGGCUCCUAUGACAACACCCCCUCCAUUCGCUCAACAACCUCCGCGGGCCCGUCCUCGCCGUCCUCCCCCAGCAACAUCCCUACCACAAAGACCAUCGUUGCUGCCCCCGAGAAGGCCGGCAGAAAGUCCUCUCUCAUCCCAGGGGGUGGCUCCCCACCGCCGCCAUCCGCCAUGUCCAUCUCCCCAUCAUCCGGCCGGUCGGCCUCCCCGCCACCCCUCGGUAGCUCCCCUGCUACCCCGGGGGGUAGUCAUAUCUCCCGCGAUAGCGCCAACUCUCUGCUUACUCCCAAUGGAGCAGCAUUGACUCAGAGCAUCUCGCGCUCGUCUGUUGGGCCUGGCGGCGGAGUUCAGGUGCUGGACGUGGACAACAUGAUUCAGCGGUUGCUUGAAGCCGGUUAUAGUGGCAAGGUGACAAAGAGCCCGCCCUUGAAGAAUGCGGAGAUCAUGAGUGUAUGUGCAGCAGCGAGAGAAGUCUUUCUGAGCCAGCCGACCCUCAUUGAGCUGAGUCCGCCGGUCAAGAUUGUUGGUGAUGUCCAUGGUCAGUAUGCCGACCUGCUUCGUAUGUUUGAAAUGUGUGGCUUCCCCCCGGCGGCCAACUAUCUCUUCCUGGGCGAUUACGUCGAUCGAGGCAAGCAGUCUCUCGAGACAAUCCUCCUGUUGCUGUGCUACAAGAUCAAGUACCCGGAGAACUUCUUCUUGCUGAGAGGCAACCACGAGUGCGCAAACGUCACCAGAGUCUAUGGAUUCUACGACGAGUGCAAGCGCCGGACAAAUAUCAAGAUCUGGAAGACCUUUAUCGACGUCUUCAACACCCUCCCCAUCGCUUCUAUUGUUGCUUCCAAGAUCUUUUGUGUGCACGGCGGGCUAAGUCCAAGUUUGAAGAGUAUGGACGAUAUUAGACGGAUUCAGAGGCCGACUGAUGUACCGGACUAUGGACUGUUGAAUGAUUUGGUGUGGUCGGAUCCGUCAGACACUGCUUUCGAUUGGGAAGAUAAUGAGCGGGGCGUGUCAUUCUGUUACGGCAAGAGUGUCAUCAACGCGUUCCUUGCCACUCACGAUAUGGAUCUCAUCUGCCGGGCACACAUGGUCGUCGAAGAUGGCUACGAGUUCUACAAUGACCGGACUCUUGUCACCGUCUUUUCCGCUCCCAACUAUUGUGGAGAAUUCGACAACUUUGGAGCCGUCAUGUCUGUAUCGGAAGACUUGCUCUGUUCGUUUGAGCUGCUCAAACCGUUGGACGGGGCUGCGUUGAAGAAGGAGAUGACGAGGUCGAAACGAAAGUCGUGCGUACAUCUCUUCCUCGGCUGCAUCUCUAUAUUGACGCGCGUAUAG